AUGACUAAGCAAUCUCUUUUGAUUCCCACCCAAGACGACUAUGAUGAUGCCCAUGGCAACGUUGAAGACGAAGUGAAGUACCAUGACCAAUACAAGACUGCCCGCAAUGACAAGGACGAAAACGGAAACUGGAUCUACCCUUGGUCCUUUGAAGUUGUGCCUGGGUUUUUCAAACAGUGUGAUCCAAAAACCGACGAUUUGAAAUUCAACUACUCGUUUGAAAACAUGGGUAGAUUGAAACCAUGGGAUGAAAUGAUCUCCGAAUUGCAAGCAUUGAACGAAAACGCUAAUGACAAUGAAGUCUACAAAUUGGUAUUUCUCGCAAGACACGGACAAGGAUAUCAUAAUGUUAUUGUCCAAAAGUAUGGUGUCGCCGCUUGGAACGAAAAGUAUCACGCCAUGACCACCGAUGGAGAACUUACUUGGGCCCCAGAUCCACAAUUGACCGAAACUGGGAUCAAACAAGCACAAGAAAAUAACCAGUUGUGGAAACAAGAGAUUCGAUUGGGUGCACCUAUUCCUAGUAAAUUCUUUGUGUCUCCAAUGCAAAGAUCAAGCAAUACUUGCGUUAUCACCUGGGAUGAUAUCAAACCAAAGGAGCAACGUCCCGUAGUUAAGGAAAAGUUGAGGGAAACAUGUGGUAAAAACUUGUGUGAUAAGAGAUCUAGCAAAUCUGUGAUUGAUGAAAGAUUUGGAAAGUAUGGAUUUGACACUCAUGAGAUUGUUGAAGAGGAUAUAUAUUAUACUGAAGACAGAGAAACCAUGGUUCAUCAUUCCUUCAGAGUUAAUCAAUUCUUGCAGGAAUUGUUUGAACAAGAUUGGGAAAAUGGAUCGGUUGAUAAGACAAAGGCAAUUGAAAAUACUUUUAUUUCAACCACUUCUCAUGCAGGAACCAUUAGAUGUUUUAUCACCGUUCUUAAGCAUAGAAAUUUCACCAUUUCCACCGGUGGAAUGAUUCCAAUUGUCAUCAAAGCUACUAGAAGAUUAGAUUAA